AUGGGUGCAACUGAUCAUAUGGUUAGUAGUGUUCAUCUUUUAACUUCCAUUACUUCUUCUGUAAAAGCUUCUGUUAAUUUGCCCAAUGGAACUUCUGUUUUUGUGACUCACAUUGCCUAUCAUUCUUUUAUAUUGAAUGUCUCUGUUCAUACUGAACCACAAUAUUAUCAUCAAGUUGUUAAAUAUGCUGAAUGGCGCGAUGCCAUGGCCAAGGAAAUACGUGCACUUGAGGAAAACCAGACCUGGUCACUUACUUCGUUUCCUCUUAGUUACAAACCCAUUGGCUGCAAACUGGACAUUGCCUUCUCUGUCCAAACUCUUGCUCAAUUCAUGGAUACCCCACGGUUACCUCAUCUUCAUACUACUCAUCGUGUGUUUCGUUAUCUUAAAUCUUCUCCUUGCCAAGGUCUCUUCUUUCCUGCUCAUUCAUCCCUCAAACUUACUGGUUUCACUGAUUCAGAAUGGUCUAGUUGUCCUGAUUCUCGUCGAUCAGUUAUUAGAUUUUGUAUUUUCCUUGGUAAUUCCCUCGUCUCAUGGGAAUCUAAGAAGCAAACUACUAUCUCUAAGCUGAAUACAGCGCUAUGGCAACUACUGCUUGUGAAUUAA